GCAGGCGGGCAUGCGGGAGGAGGAGGCGGAGAUCGAGAGUCUGCGAGCGGACGCACAGAAGGUCCAGGAGGUGGCGCUGUUCCCCGUCUCCGCGACGGAGGACGUCGAACUGUUCUGCCGACGAUGGAAGGAGGUCGCAGCCAAGAUCGACGCGCGCCGCGCGACCUUGGAGACGACCUUGAGCGAGACGCCGUCGGACGAGUACCUAGAAGGCGUCACCGAGCUGCUGAAGGUUGUCACGACGAUGGAGGCGCUGCUGCUGAGCGAGGACGUGUAUGUGACGGAGCUAGAGGAGAUGCAGGAGACUCUCAACAAAUACAAGAGGGCGCAGCAGACGCUGGACGACCACCGCGAGCGUCUCUCGCGCGUCAACGCUGACGCUCGCGACUACGCUGGCGCGCUGCCAGGGACUGCGCCCGACUGUCGCACGGCACCCGUCGCCGCUGGCAACCGCCGAGAUGGACUCGCUCAAUCAUCGCUGGGAUGAGUCGCGACGGUAACCGGUUCGGCGGGAGACCGGCAGGCGAGGCUGAGAGAUGCACUCACGAAGCUCACCAAGAUGCAGAGCGAGGCGGA